UAACUUCCACUCUUCUCUCUCUUGGUUUUCUCUAUAAUUCUGUUGCUUCUUAUUGUACCGACAUGGCUCCUAACAUAUGGGGUUUCUCUCCUGCUCCUCGUCUAUCCACUUCUUCUUAGCCUUCCAACUCACUUAGCUUCAGUCUUCUUUUUCAAUUGUUUCUUGGUCUUCUUAAAGUUUUUUGUUGAAGUUAUUGGGAAGGAAGCAAUAUAUAAAUUGUUGCUUGGAACUCUUUGAGGGAAGAAAUGGCCAUGCAAACUGUGUAUUUGAAAGAGCAUGAAGGGAAUGUUCAUAACCCAACUGGGCAAUUUUCAUCUGUGCCACCAGCACCUUGGUGGAGUCAGUUGGGAUCUCAGCCUGUUUAUGCUUGUGGCCAAUCGAAGUCCUUUUCCAUUGAAAUCCCCACUGAAGAGGCAAGUCAAAGGCUUGAUAAGGGCAACCUAACACAGUUCACUUUGUUUCCUGGUGAUUGCAAAAAUUCCCUCGAUGGACAUAAGCUUCCUGGUGCCGUUUCCCUGCAAUCAGCUCUGCCAGAAAAUCAUGCUCGUUUUGAGAUAGGUUUUGGCCAGCACAUGAUCCGUGCGAAAUACCCAUUUGCAGAUCAAUAUUAUGGAGUAUUCUCAGCUUAUGGACCUCAAAUUUCAGGCCGGAUCAUGCUGCCACUGAAUCUGUCAAGUGAUGAUGGACCAAUAUAUGUCAAUGCUAAGCAAUAUCAUGGGAUCAUCAGGCGUCGGAAGUCACGUGCUAAGGCUGUUCUUGAGAAUAAAAUUACUGCCAAACGCAAGCCAUAUAUGCACCAUUCACGCCAUCUCCAUGCCAUGCGUCGGCCAAGGGGGUGUGGAGGCCGUUUCUUGAAUGCAAAAGAACUAAAAAAGAAUGGCAGAAAUGAGGAGAAGAAAGAUGGUGAGCUGGAACUGUCUCCCCGUACUGGUUCUCAGAGUUCUGAAGUCCUGCAAUCUGAUGGUGGAAAUUUGAUUUCUUCCAAAGAAACACACUGCAACACAUCAAAUCUUUCAGGAUCAGAGGUGACUAGCAUGUUCUCUAGGGGGGAUUUCGAUCGCAUCCCAUUUAAUCAUAUCCGGCCAUCUGUUCAGUCUUUCUCUGGAAUUAUGGACAUUGGGCGUGGUAUUGUUAUGCCCAGCCAGUGGGUUGCUACAGCAGGGAGCUGCAGCAACCUUAAGGCUUGACAGCGAGGAACAGGGGUGGGCUUGUUGCUAUCUGCAGCAAACCCCCUCCUUGCUGUGACCAAAUGGAGUUCAUUGGAUUGCCCAACUCACCAUUUGGUUUAGGCAAAUCAUUCUUGGCUCAGAGCAUUACGGUCAUCUUUUCCACUCCAUGCGGCGGUGCAGUGUGGAGUGCUAGAGAUGCUAACUCCCUAAUGCACUUCAAAAAACUUACAAAAAACUAGAGUGUAAUGGGUUUAUUCCCAUUUCUCCAAUAAAUGUGUUAGAUAUGGGUUUGUGAAGAACUAAAAAACUAUGUUCAAAGUGUGCGUAUCUUGAAUGUCUAUUAUCUGUGUUACUGGAUUUUAGAUCUGUUGUACUGAAGUGUUUCUGCAUGGUCUACUGUGCUUGAUGAAAGAAAAGGCCUUACUUGAUCCUCCUA